UUCUUUCAAACAAAAUCCACCUCCACUCCCACAGUCUUCUUCUUCCCUGAAACUGAUCUGUGAAGAAGCAAGGUACAAAAAUGUCUUCAAACGUGCUACUGAACAAUGGGUUUUGUUGCUCUCCGGAUUUUCUCAGAAGGGUUUUGCCUUUGUCAUCUUGCACAGACGUUACCUAUCACUGCGCGUGCCAUUCAAGAGCCCUAAUAACGACUCGGUCCAAUAUUUCAAUUUUGAAUUCCAAGUUACUUCUCGAUGCCUCUACUACGGGCAUUCGUCGCCGCAACUUAAUCACUGCUGUGUCCGGUGCAGAACCGGAAGGCGAGAUGGCAGAGGAAGAUUCAGCUUCUUCAGAGCAACAAGGCAAGGUUAUUGAGUUGAAUAAAAGGAUUAUUUUUGGGUUCUUGAUUGGACUGUGUUCUGGGGUUGUGGUAUUCACGGGAGGACUGGUAUACACAAUGACUGUAUCUGCUGCAGUUUUUGUUGGUGCACGCGAAUACUUUGAGCUAAUUAGGAGUCGUGGAAUUGCUGCAGGAGGAAUGAUACCCCCUCCUCGAUAUGUAUCACAAUUCUGCACUGUUAUCUGCACUCUCAUGCCCAUACUUACAUUGUACCUAGGUGAAAUUGAUGUGUGGGUUACAUCUGCAGCUUUUAGUGUUGCAAUGGCAUUGCUUUUGCAAAAAGGAAAUCCCCGUUUUGCACAACUCAGCAGCACCAUGUUUGGGCUAUUUUAUUGUGGUUAUCUUCCUUGUUUUUGGGUUAAGCUCCGUUGUACUUUGGCUGUCCCUGCCUUAAAUACUAGUAAGACUCCAUUUUUUCAUCAUCUUAUGGAACAUUAUAUGAUUAAAGAACUGUGAUUCAAAUUUGGUUGACAGGGGCAGCUGUUACAUGGCCCUUUCUUUUAGGUGGUUUAGCUCAAUGGAAUGUGGGUUUAGUGGCUACACUGAUCUCUAUUAGCAGCAUAAUUGCAGCGGAUACAUAUGCUUUUAUUGGUGGCAAGGUAUUUUAACCCCUUUCCUUUAAUUGGAAUUUGUUUCACUAGAACAAAGGUCUCUCUUGUUUAUAACAUUUUCAUUAUCUUCAUAAAAAGGGGACAUCUGUUGAUUAGGUUAAAGAGUUUAUUUAAUAUGUUAAAUUGAGGGAUCAGGAUCUUGUCAUUCUUAAAUACUUGCAUCAAGAAAUAUAAUAAAAAGCUUUCUAUCAGAUUUAUUAUUGUAUUCAAUUGAAGAUGAUUAUCAACAUUUUGUCAGCUUUUUUAGAUAAGGUAUCUCAUAUGAGAACCAGUUUAUAAGAAUUAAUUGCAGGCAUUCGGUCGAACCAUGCUUACGAACAUCAGUCCUAAGAAGACCUGGGAAGGAGUGAUUUUUGGUUUAGUUGGUUGCUUAGCCACUACUGCCAUACUCUCAAAGAUCCUUGGUUGGCCUGCAUCUUUGCCUAGGUAUUUAUAUUAUUAUUUAAUUUUUCAGAUUUGUACUACUAUUAUUGAAGAAACACAUGACUUCCAUUGUCUGAAUAUUUCUGAUCAUCACCCACUCAUUUCUGUAAUGGUGCUCAUACUUGAUCUGAGCCUGUUUGUACUUUGUGUCCAAUACCUUUUUCAUUCUAAUAUUAAUACCUAAUCAUUUGAUAAAUCAUAUCAAUAGUGUUUCUUUUUCCUAUGUAAACUGAUAUUAUUAUUAUUAUUCUUCAAUGAUUACCCCACCACCAGUGCAAUAGGUUUUGGCAUUGUGAAUUUCUUUGGGUCCUUGUUUGGUGAUCUAAUCGAGUCGGUGAUCAAGCGCGAUGCGGGUGUUAAGGACUCGGGUUCCCUCAUACCUGGGCACGGAGGUAUACUGGAUAGAGUAGACAGCUAUUUAUUCACUGGUGCACUUGCAUAUUCUUUCAUUAAAACAUUUCUUCCACUUUAUGGAGUUUGAUUGACAUGCUAAAUGUUGUUGUUUUUGUUACAUCCAUCAAAGGCCGAAAUUCUUCACACCUAUGGUGUAAAACAAUUAGGUUAAUGAUGUUGUUUAGAUGUAAGUUUGUUCAUAUUAUGAAUUUUGUUGUAU